CUCUAGUCUUUUUUUGACUUUCGUGCGGUUUGGUUUAUUGGUGGUUCCGUUCGCGGCUACCGAAAAAUUUGAGUGGUGCUUGCCCAGUUCUUCGCUUGAAGAAAAGGCCAAUCAAAACCAAAUAAGGUAAAAAAACAUCAAGGAUUAUCCCGUGUCGCAAAAGUAUUACGAGGUUUAUUGCCACUGCCUUUGAACGAAAAUAUUUUGCCACCGGAAAUUGCAACGUUCGCAUCCAGUUGAAUUGCAGCAAAUAGAGCUUAAGUACGAGAAGUGCACAACUAAAUUAUAAGACCGCUGACAAAAUGCUUUCACGUCCAAUUUUGCAUGGAAAUCUUUCGAAAUUAUGUGCGGCAUCGCGUCCCGCUGCUGCUGCUGCUGCUGCGCCCGUGGCACGUCAAAUAGCUACGUCCGAUAGCAGACCGUUUCACGAUGUUGUCGGCGAUGUGGUGUGUCCCUCCGGCGUGCGUGGUAUUGAUCAUCUGAGAGAUCCUCGUUUAAAUAAGGGUCUCGCUUUCACACUGGAAGAGCGCCAAACUUUGGGUAUACAUGGACUGCAACCUGCACGCUUCAAGACGCAAGAAGAACAACUGGAACUGUGCAAAAUUGCCGUGAGCCGUUAUACGGAACCGCUAAACAAAUAUCUAUAUUUAGUCGAUCUGCAAGAUCGUAAUGAGCGCUUGUUCUACCGUUUCUUAGCGGAGAAUAUCGAGCAUCUCAUGCCUAUUGUAUACACACCCACUGUGGGUUUGGCCUGUCAACGUUUCGGUUUGAUCUACCGUAGGCCACGUGGUCUCUUCAUCAGCUACAACGAUCGUGGCUAUGUUUUCGAUGUCAUCAAAAACUGGCCUGAGUCUGAUGUGCGCGCCAUUUGUGUAACUGACGGCGAACGUAUUUUGGGUUUGGGCGACUUGGGUGCCAACGGCAUGGGAAUUUGUGUCGGCAAGCUGGCUCUUUACACCGCUUUGGCUGGCAUCAAACCUCAUCGCUGUCUGCCAAUCCUACUCGAUGUGGGCACAAACAACAUUGACCUGCUGGAGGAUCCAUUGUAUGUGGGCCUGAGGCAGAAGCGUGUUGUCGGCAAGGAGUACGACGACUUUUUGGAUGAAUUCAUGGAGGCUAUUGUCAAACGCUACGGCCAGAAUACCUUGAUCCAAUUUGAAGAUUUCGGCAAUCACAAUGCAUUUAGAUUCCUCGACAGAUACCGUAACAGUUAUUGCACCUUCAACGAUGACAUCCAGGGUACCGCUGCUGUUGCCAUGGGUGGCAUUUAUGCUUCCACACGUGUGACAGGCAAGAGCAUUACGGAUUAUACGUUCCUAUUUGCUGGCGCUGGUGAGGCUGCUGUCGGUAUUGCGGAUCUCGUUGUGAAAGCCAUGGUUGCAGAGGGUGUGCCCAAAGACGAAGCCAGACAAAAGAUCUGGAUGAUCGAUAUUGACGGUCUCUUGACUACAACACGCAAGGAAGGCUCCUUGUCUGAGCAUCAGAAAAACUAUGCCAAGGACGUUGAGCCCAUGAAAAACCUGCAAGAGAUUGUGGAGAAAGUGAAACCAAACGUGCUUAUUGGCGCUUCUGCUGCUGCUGGCAUCUUCACACCCGAAAUUUUGAGAAUCAUGGCCACCAACAACGAACGCCCCGUCGUCUUUGCCCUCUCCAACCCAACCCACAAAGCCGAAUGUACUGCGGAUCAGGCAUACAAAAAUACCGAUGGUCGCGUCGUAUUCUCAUCUGGUUCACCAUUCCCUCCAGUGGAGAUGAAUGGCAAAACUUUCUACCCCGGUCAGGGUAACAAUGCUUACAUUUUCCCAGGUAUUGCAUUGGGUGUGAUCACCACCGGCACACACCACAUCUCCGAUGAUAUGUUCCUUAUUGCCGCACGUGAAUUGGCUAACUUUGUUGACCAAAGUGAUUUGGACCGCGGCUCACUCUACCCACCAUUGAAUGCUGUGCGCGAGGUGUCGAUGCGCAUUGCUGAAGGCGUUACUAAGUGUGCUUAUGACAAGGGUUUGGCCUCCACUUACCCCGAGCCAUCGGACAAACGCAAGUGGUUGCAGGAUCAGCUCUACAACUUCAACUAUGAGUCGUCAAUGCCCGUGACGUGGCCGUGGCCAAGAAUGCCAUAUGUGAAGACUCGCCCAUUGGAACCCACCAUUCUCUUCAGUGAUUCAAAGUAAGCAGCAGAUUCCUGAAUACAAAACGCUAUUCAUCCAAUCCCGUUGACCAUCGCAAAAAUGAAUUGAAAAUCGUUUAAACCACAUGGCUGCCGCAAUUCACCCAUACAAACUUCACAUUAGGAUGCUGUCCACCAAUGCAAACAUGUUUGUGUAUAUUUGUGCAUCCACACACACAUACAAAUGCCCUUACCUAUCCCGUUAACAUCAUAGAGGCUAAAUGCAAACUGAUAAACCUCAAAAACGAAAGAAGUAAAUGAAAAUGAGAAAGUCGCCGGCUAACACCGUUCGCAAACUUGUAUAAUUACAUACGUACAUACAUACGUACAUAUUAUAUAUAAUAUGCUACAUGCAUAGUUACCUAAUGUGUACAUAUAUAUGUACCUACAUACUAGUAUGAUUACAAUUGUAUUGCAUUGUAUUGUUAAAUCAUUGUUUAGUCUAAUUUAUAAUUACACAGCUUUACUACUUUGUAAUGCCGACUUAAUUUAAUUUAAUUUAAUUUAAUAAUGAAAAAUAAAAAUAACAACAAUAAAAUCUUUGUCAUGUGAAUAUCAGUGAUGAGACCACAAAUUUAGUUGACGGUACAAAAUGAAAUUCAAGUGACCAAAAAUAAAGAAAUAUUGUUUUAUUUGAAAAUUA